GUCAUGUCUCUCCAACUCCAAACUUUUUUUUGUUAAUUAGCCUACUGUCCGUAUAAAAACUCCAGGUGUAUCAUUUCCGUGAAAAGCUUCAGUGCGCUUCAUGAAACUCCCGGAUUUAAUCUGCUCCACUCUGUCAGAGAAGGGGCAGGAAAAGCUGCCCCGCUGUCAGGGGCUCUGUCUGUCUGUCUGUCUGUGGACGCUGUGAUGAAGCCAGGACGAGCAGAGAGGAGGGGAAUGAAGAAAAUACUAAAGAGCUGGAAAUCCCACCUGGAGGAGGCAGGGCUCAGUUUGUUAUGAACAGAAAACAACAAGUGGAGGAUGGUAACAACAAUAAAUCUACUGAGGAAUUACACAGUGAUGAAGUUUCAACACAGCAUGCACAGACCGACUCUGAAACAGAGACUGUUUUCAGUCCGUAUGACCCAACAUGGCUGAAUACAGUGAAGAUUAACCAGAUGGGGAUGAAAGCUCUGGGGGAACUUUUUGAGUACUGGAUCCAACAAGUGUCAGGUCUGGAGAGGGAGAGGGACGAGCUGAUCCAGGAGCUUCUGAGUCUGCAGGACCCUAGGCUGCAGGUUGUGGAGCACCUUAGAGGAAAGCAAAGGGAGGCAAAGAGGCUCCUCAGUCAGGCUCAGCUGGAUUAUGCUGCUGUUCAUAAGGAAGCGCAGCAGGUGAAGAGGAAACUAUUCAGCACAGCCAGAGACUGCAUCCAGAGUCAGGUGAUGCUGGCUGCGCAGGAGUACGAAGUGGCUCAGUGUGCUAUUACACAGGAGGACCUCAAGGCCAGUCUCCAUGUUCUGACCCAUGAGUUUCGCCAGCUGCAGGAUAACCACCAGAAUCAGCUGAACUAUCUCAGAAAUCAGGCCUCAAAGCCGUGCAGGUUGAGGGCCAUGAGUGAUGUCAGCCAGUGUCGACAGGCCUCCAUCAGGCUGCAGCGGAGGCUCAGUGGAAGCAUGAUGGCACUGGAGGGCUGGUACGAACCCCGGAUGGUGGCCCUGCUGAGGAGAAGGCAGGCCGCCGAGGAAGCAUUGAGAAAAUCCAAAGACCAGGCUUUGGACCUAAGAGAUAGGCUGGCCCCUUUAAGAGAAGACGUAAAGAGGCUAGAGAUGCAGAAAUCCUGUCUGGAGAAAAAGAUUACUCUUAUGACGACAGAGAGGGAGGAGAGAACGGCACAUCACAAGGAGACUGUGGAAAAACUACAAGACACACUGAAAGAAUUAAAAGUGGAGUUUGAGGUCCAAAAGAACUAUAGAAAUAAUUUGGAGAAGCUCAUAGAGGGCCUGAAAACAGAGCUCAUGUUUUUAAGAGGCACAGAUGAACCACGUAACAUCUCUGAAGAGGAAGAACAAUUAUCUGUCUCCAGAGGAUUGUCUAGGAACCUUGUAUAACUCACAGGAUGCAACAGGUUCAACAGUGAGCUCUUACCAUCUGCCACACUUGCAUGAUGUUGUCCUCCGACACUGAACAUAUGACCCACGGCUCGUUGGGGUUCCAGGAAAAGUCAGAGAUCUUAGCUGUGUGUCCGCCAUGGAUGAACUAAGAAGCAGAGCAGGAAGAAUGAGGAAACCGUAGACUGAACAGCUGAAAAGAGGAGCAGAGUUUAAGAUAAGCACUCACCAGCAGCUCGGGAGGACCAUCCUCAGCAUCCUCUGGCGACUGCUCCUCUCCGAUCUUACUCAGGUCCCAGACGUUGAGUCGCCUGUCGGUGCCGCUGGAGGCGAGGAUCGUUUCGUUAUGGGGAGACCACUGAACCUGUGAGAGGAAAUCAGAGGGGACACAUUUACUACAACAGUAGUUUCUUAUACGAAAACAAAUAUUUAUACUUUCACGGGUUAUUAUAGAUAAUAGAUGAAAGUUAAUUAGAUUAGAUGGAUUAUUAUCCGUUUAUUACAGUUUGCUGAAGAUUUAGUAGACAUUAGCAAAUAUACCAUUUUUUUUUAAUCGUGCCCUCUUAAUUAAAGCUUGCUACUUUAAACUUCAACGUUUAUGCUGGAUAUUGUUUUUACUGAUCAUUUACCACCAAAUUUUAGUUCAUUCUUGUUGCCUCACUUAGCAAAAUGUAAUGAAAUUGUAAUUGAAUUAGUCAGUACCGACUAAUAUUCUAGUGAACCUCCAAAUACUAAUGAUAGGUAGAAACCCUGCAUGUGUUUCUGGUUAUGAUAUGUUUUUACUUUGCUGGGUUUAUCUGUUGCGCUAUUUUUUAAAAUGCAAAAUAAAAUAAUCUAAAUCUUAAAUUUA